AUGAAGAAAGGUCGGCGUGACAUAGCAGUGGUACGGAUGAGGUGCUUUAGGUACACCGUAGAUACGACAGGCUACCGCCAGCUAUACCCCCUAGGAGUCAGCACGGUGAGGAAAGUAAAGCGCGAGACAGCAACGGUGCUCCGAGCUGUGCCCCUUCCCAGUCUCUCUCCUGGGCUGCCCUCUGUGAGGCCCCUGGUCCUUCCCGUUCCCCUGGCUCCGGAGGUGAGGAGCCCCAGCCCUGAGAGGAUGGAGCUGACCCCACCGGGGGCCCCACAGGACCCUCAGGGACCAGCCACGGACGCCUGGGACGUCAGCGCAGUCAAGACCAUGGAGGUCCUGAACAGCAACCACCUCUCAUCUGUCCAGUGUAGCUCUGACCUGACUAAUGUUCUGGAGAGGACCAUCAGGUCGGCAGUGGAGCAGCAUCUCUUCGAUGUGCACAUGUGCGGAGGAGGUCAAAGUACGACGGAGGAUUCCGAGUCGACCGGGUGCUCCUCGUCGCCCGAGGUAACCCUGACGGCACGGCAGAGACGUCGGCACCAGAGGGAGCAGGAAGAGGCUCAGAGACACCGGGACAGGAGCAGAUCCUCGUCUCUGAGGGAAGGAGACAUCAACAAGGAGAACAUCCCAGCGGCCGGCAGCGUUAGCGGAACUAGCAGCUGUGGCGUUAGCGUGGGUGAGGAAGGAGUCAGGAGGGACUACCAGACUAGCCAGGGAGGGCUCCACCACGAGGGCCCCAGACCCAGGAAGCCUAAACACUGCCACCAGAGCCCCACGCUUGGCCAGCUUAGUGACAACCAGGACCCCCACGCGCUAGAAGAAUGCAUAUCAAGAGUACAUGACAAAGCCGGGACAAACAACAUGGAGUCAUCAGACAACCGAAAUGGCAGUCAAAGAAAGGACCCCAGUCUUCCUCUAACUCCUUCAUGGACACGACUCAGUAGUAUGAAGAUCCAGGAGCUGCCUAGUAGCUGUGAAACGGCCGAGAGGAGGGGGGUCAUCGGCCGGAGUUCGGACCAGGAAUGUGGCGAGGACGUACCCCGCUUGGACCUGUCAGCGCUGACCGACGAUAACAACUGGGGAGAUUGCCCAUUCUUUAGCGCCCCUUUCCUUGAUUUCAAAAGUGUUUUCCAGUCGAGUUAUUAUGAGGAGCCAGUCCCGGCCUACUCGUCGUGGCAACGGGAGAGUAUGGACAGCGAGGAGGCGUGCAUUUCGCCCCAAGUGGGGGGCCGCCUGAUUCGCCAGCUGAUUGAAGAGGACAGCGACCCCAUGCUGUCCCCCCGUUUCCACGCCUACGGUCAUUGCCAGCAGUACAUAGAUGACACCGAGGUGCCACCCUCGCCGCCCAAUGCACACUCCUUUGCCAGUCGGAGAAGGAGUUCCUCUCUGGGCUCCUGCGGUGACGACGACCAGCAAGAGCUGACCUCAGUCCAGCUCUCCAAGAAGAUCCACGGUCUCAAGAGGAAGAUCCACAAGUACGAGGAGAAGUUUGAGGAGGAGCGCAAAUACAGGCCCUCACACAGUGACAAGGCUGACAACCCAGAGGUCCUGAAGUGGAUGAAUGAACUGGCCAAGCUCCGCAAAGACCUGAAAGAGCACAAGCUCCACAAGUCUGAGGAGGACCUCCCUCCGCUGACCCGCCAACGCAGCAACACCCUGCCCAAGAGCUUUGGCUCCCAGCUGGAGAAGAAGCCCCAACAGGAGAAGGCGCCCAAGCCCCCGGUAGAGAACACCCUGGAGGGCGUCCAGAACAAGCUGCAAGAGAAGAGGGACGAGGUGGGGCGCCCCGAGGACGUCAAGGAUAUGACCCGGGAGCAGAUUGGCGCUGAGAAGGUGGCCUUACAGAAGGCUCUCCUGUACUACGAAGGCAUCCACGGUAGACCAGUUACCAAGACUGAGAGACAGAUCAUGAAGCCGCUGUACGACAGAUACCGCCUGGUCAAACAGAUCCUCUGCAGAGCUUCCACCAUCCCCGUCAUUGCCUCCCCCUCCAGCAAACGCAGAGGUCCUCUACUUCAGCCCAUUAUCGAGGGCGAAGCCGCGCUCUUCUUUGACGACAUCAAGGAAGAGGAGGAUGGCUCUGAGGAUGACUCUGAGUCCAACAACAAGCCCCAGUGCCAGAUCACAGGGACAGUGCGUCCAGACUUCAGUAUGCUGGGCUUCCUGGACCAGCUGGAGGAGGAGACGGACGGCUUCAUCUCGCCCGUAGACGAGCUCUCGCCCUCCAAGAACACCACCGACAUGCGUCUGUCCAACCUGCAUUCGGCCACCAUGCCGGAACUAGUGGAGCAGCUACAAGAUGCCCGGGAGGAGAAAAAGAGAAUCCGCAAGAACCUAAGAGAGUUUGAAGAUCAAUUCUUCAGGCAAAACGGCAGAAACGUGCAGAAGGAAGACCGCUCCCCUUUGGCGGUAGAGUAUAACGAAUACAAGCACAUCAAAGCCAAGCUUAAGCUGAUAGAGGUUCUCAUCAGCAAAGGAGAUGCCUCUAAGUUCCUCUAAAGAAAAUAAAACAUCAAAGACUGACAGAGGAAUGAAUGAGGCUCCGUCUCAAUAAGAGAUGGACCACACCAGCCCAUGGAAAGGAAAACCAUCCAUAGCAAAACAGAUACACCUCAUCAUCCCUCACAAUAUUUUUCUUUUCUUUCUUGUGCCAAUUGUGCCAUAGACACAUUUGGCUUCAGGAGAUGCCAACAUGUUGCCCCCUGAUGAAUCCCAACUGUAGAAGGGAAACGGUAUGGCUUAGUUACUGACCUGAGAGGAGUUGGAACUGACAUGUAGGUGCUGCCCUGGAGGCUACUCCAUCUUGUCUGUUGUUUCCCUCGUAGAGAAGAAGAACCCCGGAACUCAAAAUGUCAGGCAUCUUUGAAUGAAUACUAACCUAACGUAGCAGGCCUUAAAAGACGCCUGAGCAGAGUCCCCACAUCGGUUUUUCAGAGAAGUGGAGGAAAAUACUGUAUCCCUGAAAACCGGAAACAUCCGCAUUUUCCUGCCCCCGCAGAGUGGACCAAAACCAACAUUUUUUCAAAGGAAUAUAUUUUUAAUUUUUUUGUGCAUCUUGAUAUUGAUUGAUACCAAGAACUACCCUACAUUGAAUAGUCAUCACUAAUUUAAAGUAUACAUUUACGAAGAGUGUUGUAUUGAUUUAAUUUAUUUUUCUUCCUUUGAAUGUUUAUAUGGUAGUUCAUAUAGACUUUUAUAUUGGAUUUUUUUUUAAGUCUUAAAAUGUGGAGUAUAACAUUAGAUUUGGGAUUAUGUACUUUAAGGUAUUGCCAUUUUGAGAAACAAGAUUUUGUAAUCAGAAAAAUUAAAUGAGGGGAUUGUGUAUUUUUGUAAGGGAGACAGACAGUUACAUGCAAACAACCAAUCAGAGAGCCAGUCUAGCAGAGUUCAGCCAAUUUAUGGAUUUUUUAAAUGUAACUCAUGAUUGGUGCCAUUUGCCGCAUUGCAAGUCGGAACUAGGAAACUCUGAAAUUUUCGACUUGCAAACUAGUUGAACGCUGCACAUGUAUAAAUACAACCAGUUAGCAAGUUGAACAUUUCUGACUUUCCUAGUUCCGACUAGCACGUGAACGCGGCAAUAAUCUCAAUGUUAACCUAGGAAAAACACACUUGUUGUCAUCAUCAAUGCUUAUAUUUGUUUGUUUCCAGAAAUUGUGUGUAUUUUUAGCAAAGCUAUGAGGAAAUGUCAGAGGAGUGUUCAUUUGUUUAAACUGAGAACUAGAAUGCAGAACAAAUAGUCUAUGAUCCAAAGAAAAUGACUCAGAUUGCAUACCAAAAUAGUGUAGUGGAUCAAUGUAUACAAUUUCAUGAAUUAUUGUGAUCAUGGUCGUCAGUCACUUAUGAAUUUGACUGCUUGUAUAUUAUUUUGCAUUGGUGUGUUUUCUUUUCCUAUUCACUUUGUGUGAAGUAAGCUAUCCUGUCUUGAAAUCAGUGGUAUAUUUUUGCUUGCACUUUUCAACACCAAGGGCCAUUUCGUGUGGAACAUCCAUCCUUAAAGAAAAGUCCCAAUAACUAUCAAAAUGGCCACCAAUCCCCAACGCAGAACCUUCAAUACUCAACCAAGGCAUGCUGCUUUCUUUCUUUAUGUAGGUAUUUUAUCAUAGCCUAUUUGUUCCUUGUAAAUAUGGAUCCAGAUCUAUGUUUACAUUGCUAAGUGAGCAAGUACAUUUUUCCUUUUUUCUCCAAAAUGGAUCAUUUUAACAGUGUGACUUUCGUUUUUAUUGAAUGUAAAACACUGGUGGACAUAAUGAAUUAUGGUUGUGUACAUUUUAGUACAUAAAUUGUAUAUAUAAAACCAAACAUAUUUUUACUGAG